CUCUAGAUCUAUCGCUCGAUAGCCAAAACAAAACAGCUGCGACGUCACACGUGCAAUUUAUGUGAAAUUCAAGCAAAAUGAAGCCGAAAAAGAAAUUAGGAGUGGGCCUAAGUCGCGAGGAGCGCCAAGUUCUUGUCAUCGGCGAAAUUAUUCAGGAGCUGCUGCGGGCACAUGAAGCCAAGAAAGAUGUGAAUCUUAACCGGAUGAAAUCCUUGGUCUCCUCCAAAUACGGACUAGACAGUUCACCUCGUCUGGUGGACAUCAUCGCAGCUGUGCCACAGGAUGCAAAGAAGAUCCUGCUACCCAAGCUUAGGGCUAAGCCCAUUCGCACAGCAAGUGGGAUUGCAGUUGUAGCAGUGAUGUGCAAGCCGCACCGCUGUCCUCACAUCAACAUGACUGGCAACAUCUGCGUCUACUGUCCCGGCGGACCGGACAGCGAUUUUGAGUAUUCGACGCAGUCGUACACGGGCUAUGAGCCCACCUCGAUGCGGGCCAUCCGAGCGCGGUACGAUCCUUUUCUUCAGACGCGUCACCGUGUCGAGCAGCUAAAGCAGCUAGGCCACAGCGUGGACAAAGUGGAGUUUAUCGUCAUGGGCGGCACCUUCAUGUGCCUGCCGGAGGAGUACCGUGACUUCUUCAUCCGUAACCUGCACGACGCACUCUCGGGUCACAGUAGUGCCAACGUGGCAGAGGCCGUUCGGUACUCGGAGAAGUCGCGCACGAAAUGCAUUGGCAUCACUAUUGAGACACGUCCGGAUUAUUGCCUAAAGCGACACAUAUCGGACAUGCUGAACUACGGCUGCACUCGGCUGGAGAUCGGGGUUCAAUCGGUUUACGAGGACGUUGCCAGGGAUACUAACCGAGGACAUACGGUGCGGGCGGUAUGCGAAAGCUUUCAACUGGGAAAGGAUGCAGGCUACAAGAUCGUGGCACAUAUGAUGCCCGACCUGCCAAACGUUGACUUUGAGCGCGACAUCGAACAGUUUAUCGAGUACUUCGAGAAUCCCGCCUUCCGUUCUGACGGUCUUAAGAUCUAUCCCACGCUCGUUAUUCGAGGAACUGGCCUCUAUGAACUGUGGAAGACCGGUCGCUACAAGUCUUACCCGCCAUCGAUGCUGGUGGACUUAGUGGCCAAGAUUUUGGCACUUGUUCCUCCUUGGACCCGAGUCUAUCGCGUCCAGCGCGACAUUCCCAUGCCGUUGGUUAGUUCUGGCGUGGAGCACGGCAAUCUACGAGAGCUGGCACUAGCUCGCAUGAAGGAUCUGGGAACAACAUGUCGCGACGUCCGGACGCGAGAGGUUGGUAUUCAGGAGAUUCACAACAAGGUGAGGCCGUAUGAAAUUGAAUUAAUUCGCCGGGACUAUGUGGCCAACGGCGGUUGGGAAACGUUCCUUUCGUACGAAGAUCCCGAGCAGGACAUACUAGUCGGACUUCUCAGACUGCGCAAGUGCUCGCCGGAUACGUUCCGGCCGGAGCUACAAGGCUCCUGCUCUAUUGUGCGCGAACUUCACGUAUAUGGCUCGGUGGUGCCAGUAAAUGCCCGCGAUCCCACAAAGUUCCAGCACCAAGGCUUCGGUAUGUUGCUGAUGGAGGAAGCUGAGCGAAUUGCCUUAGAGGAACACGGCAGCACCAAGUUGGCGGUCAUAUCGGGUGUAGGAACCAGGAAUUACUACCGCAAGCUGGGAUACACCCUAGACGGACCCUACAUGUCCAAAAAAUUGGCUUUCUCGAGGGACUAAAAUAAAUAAUUUUAACACAAAUGUACUAAGUUGGCAUAGCUUGAUGAAUUAAACAAUUAUAUUUAAUCACGCUAGGAGCA